AUGACAGCUCCGCCCCAACCGACGGCGAUUCUGCGCGGCCACCGCACACAGGUACAUGCAGCUGCGUUUGUGCGAGUGGGCUCGGGCAGCGAUGAUGCCAGCAGCAGCUUAGAUGGUCGUCUAGAAGACCGUCUGGCCACGGGCGACGCCGACGGAUUUGUCGUGCUCUGGGACCUCGCCAUCGUGCGGCCGCGGGCCGUCUGGCGUGCCCACCAGAACAGCAUCCUGGGGCUGGCCGGCUGGCGCGGCGACGGUGGUGACUGCCAGGUCGUCACGCAUGGCCGGGACCACAAGCUGGUGGUGUGGCAGCUGGGCGCGGCCGGCGAGGCGCGGCUCAGCACGGCGCUCCCUCUAGAGGACGGCACAGACAGCGGCAGCCAGCAGCAGCAGCGACCUGUUCCGUGGAUGGUGCACGUGCUCGAGGUCAACACGAUGAACUUUUGCGCGUUUGCGUGGACGGUGUCGGCCGAAACGCAGGGCGAGACGACGAUCCAACGGUUUGUGGCCGUGCCCAACACUUUGGCUUUAGAGGCCGUCGACAUCUUCCAGCUGCCGUUGCAACAGCGCAUCAACACGGUCAAGGCUGGCGCCAAGGACGGCAUGCUCAUGGCCCUGUCCCUGUUCUACAGCAGCAGCACUCUGGUGCUCAUAGCGGCCUUUGAGAACGGUGCAGCCGUCUUGGCCACGCUGGACGACGGUGCCUCGGGGUCAGCCACGGUGCGGUAUCGUGCACAGCCACACACGCAGCCGAUCUUGUCCCUCGACGUGGCGCCAGACCAGUCGUACUUUCUGACAUCGGGCGCUGACGGCAUCGUUGCCAAGCAUCCUAUCUCGGUCGGAUCGCCCGUCACAGUUGCUGCAGCCCCGGCAGCCCCGCAGAAGCGCGAGCCGGCCAGUGCAGACACGGCAGCUGUGUCCCCUGCUCGACCAGUGUCGCUGCUGUCGGCCGCCUUGGCAAAGGAGGCCGCCCAGUCGACGACGGCUUCUACGGGCGCUCGAAAUCCAUCGAGACCACCGCCGCCACCGCUCGAGCCGGAGACGCAACCACUCAAGAUCAUCGACACCAAGCACGCCGGCCAGCAGGGCCUGCGCAUCCGCCAGGAUGGACGGAUCUUCGCCACGGCCGGCUGGGACGGACGGGCUCGCGUGUACUCGGCCAAGACGAUGAAGGAGGUGGCCGUGCUCAAGUGGCACCAGACGGGCUGCUUUGCCGUGGCCUUUGCGCCGCUAGCCGGUGGCAGCGGAUACAACAGCAAUACGGACGAGACAAGCGUGGCAAAGACGACCCGUGGCCAAGGGGGCGGCUCGCGUGAGAUCAGCGUCAAGGAGCGCCGGCUACGACACGCAGCCACGGCACACUGGCUGGCAGUCGGCAGCAAAGACGGCAAGGUCAGCCUGUGGGACAUUUUCUGA